AAGCUCUGCACUCGCACUCUACAGUGGCUCACAGAGAGAGUCCCCCCCAAAACAAUGGCGUCGAUUCCACUGCUCCGCCUCUCCCUUCACCGGCAGACACCGCUAAAACCCCUCCAUCAACCCUACUCCGCCACCCCCUUCACAGUCCAGUUACCCAACUUCCCUCACCCACUCAAACCGACGCUCCAGAUCUCCCCACGCCCACUCCGCCCCCGAUCUCGCCCCUCCAUUACCAUGUCCUACAGCGCCGUCCCUGCCACCGAGCGCCUGAUCUCUGCCGCGGCCUACUGCCUCCCAUUCUUCAACGGCCUCCAGUACGGCAGAUUCCUCCUGAUGCAAUACCCAGCUCUAGGGCUGGUCCUGGAGCCCAUCCUCCCUAUCCUCUCCCUCUACAGAUCCAUCCCAUACGCCUCCUUCGUGGCCUUCUUCGCCCUCUACUUGGGCGUCGUCCGAAACCCUAGCUUCAGCCGGUUCGUGCGGUUCAAUUCGAUGCAGGCGGUGGUGCUGGAUGUGCUGCUGGUGGUGCCGCUGCUGGUGAACCGGAUCUUCAAUCCGGGAAGGGCCGGGGUGGGGUUCCGACUGAUGGUGAUGGGUCACAAUGCGAUUUUUCUGUUCGUGGUGGCUUGCUUUCUGUACAGCCUCGGGUUUUGUAUUCUGGGAAGGACGCCAUACUUGCCCUUUGUUGCAGAUGCAGCUGGGAGGCAGCUCUGAGGUUGGGUUGUACACCAAUGUACAAGUUGUUCCAGCGCGGGGUACAAGUGGGUAAUUUGUGGGAAAAGGAAUUGAGUAGCUGCAAAAGUAUACAAUUCUAUUCAACUCAAUUGACACAUGAUGGGCUUGGUGUUGUUAAUUUGGUUGUUUUGAUUCGUUGUCUUUUAUAUAUAUAUUUAAAAACAAUAUCAAUCUAGAUUUGUUUUCAAAA